GGCCGCGGCCGCCACCGCGGGAGCCGGAGCUGCCGGGAGGAGCGGCGUCCUCGCCAGUCUGGAGCGGGAGGGCGGCUGGGCGCAGUUGCUGGGAAUUCUUCAGCCGGGAGGGCGAGCGAUCGGAAGGGAGCCCCCGCGAGCUGGGGCGCGCGAGCGCAGCAGACCUCCCUAUAGAUUGAGAAAGCCCGGUUCCCGGAGGAAAUGGGAGUGUGAGCGAACCGGGAGGAAGAAGGGAAGGAAGCGCCGAGAUUGCUGAUGUCAGAGGAGCCCGGAAAGUCGCGCUGGAAAAAUCUGAAGACAGCCGGGGCUCUGCUGCUUCCUCAGGAGAGACACCGCCAGCCACCCCCUGACGCCCCCUCAGUGGCUCCUGGAUUCCCCCGCGAGCCGGCGACAAGCGCCCGGUGGGGCUGCCGCGGGGCGACAGGAACGGAGGGGCGCGCGGACCGGAGACCGAGGGGCCACUUCAGGAAUACAGAUAAGUGGCUGGUGGCUUGACGUGGAUUUUAAUGAAUUUGGACUCCAUGUGGAUGUGGUUCUCCCCGUGAUUGCGAGCUGCGGGUCGCUAGAGGGGCAGCGCGCCGCCCUCAGCAGCCGGCGGCCGAGGCGGACGGACCAAAGACGCGAGGACAGACAGGCGUCGCGGAGCUGGAACCAUGUGAGGGCCAAGCCAGGACGGUGGCGUGGAUGAGCGCUCAGAGGAUCUGCCUCCUCGUCUUUGCCCCUCUCAGCAUGGAACAGAGGAGGCCCUGGCCAUGGGCCACAGAGGUUGACAGCUGGUCUGUGGUCUUGCUCUCAGUGGUUUGGGUGCUGCUGACCUGCCCGGCAGCCAGCAUGCCUCAGUUCAGCACUUUCCACUCUGAGAAUCGAGACUGGACCUUCAACCACUUGACUGUCCACCGAGGGACGGGCGCAGUGUACGUGGGGGCCAUCAACCGGGUCUACAAGCUCACGGGCAACCUGACCAUCCAGGUGGCUCACAAGACUGGGCCGGAAGAGGACAAUAAGUCUUGUUACCCGCCCCUCAUCGUGCAGCCCUGCAGCGAGGUGCUCACCCUCACCAACAACGUCAAUAAGCUGCUCAUCAUUGACUACCCUGAGAACCGCCUGCUGGCCUGCGGGAGCCUCUACCAGGGGGUCUGCAAGCUGCUGCGGCUGGACGACCUCUUCAUCCUGGUAGAGCCAUCCCACAAGAAGGAACACUACCUGUCCAGCGUCAACAAGACGGGGACGAUGUAUGGGGUGAUCGUGCGCUCUGAGGGGCAGGAUGGCAAGCUCUUCAUCGGCACCGCUGUGGAUGGAAAGCAGGAUUACUUUCCCACUUUGUCCAGCAGGAAGCUGCCCCGUGACCCCGAGUCCUCCGCCAUGCUCGACUAUGAGCUACAUAGUGAUUUUGUCUCCUCCCUCAUCAAGAUCCCCUCCGACACCCUGGCCCUAGUCUCCCACUUUGACAUCUUCUACAUCUAUGGCUUUGCCAGCGGGGGCUUCGUCUACUUCCUCACUGUUCAGCCUGAGACCCCCGAGGGUGUGGCCAUCAACUCAGCUGGAGACCUCUUCUACACCUCGCGCAUCGUGAGGCUCUGCAAGGAUGACCCCAAAUUCCACUCCUAUGUGUCCCUGCCUUUCGGUUGCACUCGGGCUGGGGUGGAAUACCGCCUCCUGCAGGCUGCUUACCUGGCCAAGCCCGGGGACUCCCUGGCCCAGGCCUUCAAUAUCAGCGGCAAGGAUGAUGUGCUCUUCGCCAUCUUCUCCAAAGGGCAGAAGCAGUACCACCACCCACCCGAUGACUCUGCCCUCUGUGCCUUCCCCAUCCGAGCCAUCAACUUACAGAUCAAGGAGCGCCUACAGUCCUGUUACCAGGGCGAGGGCAACCUGGAGCUCAACUGGCUGCUGGGGAAGGACGUCCAGUGCACCAAGGCGCCGGUUCCCAUCGAUGACAACUUCUGUGGAUUAGACAUCAAUCAGCCGCUUGGAGGCUCCACUCCAGUGGAAGGCCUGACCCUGUACACCACCAGCCGGGACCGCAUGACAUCAGUGGCCUCAUACGUUUAUAAUGGCUACAGCGUGGUUUUUGUGGGGACUAAGAGUGGCAAGCUGAAAAAGAUUCGAGCUGAUGGUCCCCCCCAUGGUGGGGUCCAGUACGAGACGAUCUCCGUGCUCAAAGACGGAAGCCCCAUCCUCAGGGACAUGGCCUUCUCCAUCGAUCAGCGCUACCUGUACGUCAUGGCCGAGAGACAGAUCACCAGGGUCCCCGUGGAAUCCUGUGAACAAUAUACGACUUGCGGGGAGUGCCUGAGCUCGGGGGACCCUCACUGUGGCUGGUGCGCCCUGCACAACAUGUGCUCCCGCAGGGACAAGUGCCAGCGGGCCUGGGAACCUAAUCGAUUUGCUGCCAGCAUCAGCCAGUGCAUGAGCCUCGAGGUGCAUCCCAGCAGCAUCUCAGUGUCUGAGCACAGCCAGCCGCUCAGCCUGGUUGUGAGUGAUGCUCCAGAUCUGUCUGAGGGCAUCUCAUGUGCCUUUGGAAACCUGACAGAGGUGGAUGGACAGGUGUCUGGGAGCCAAGUCAUCUGCAUCUCACCUGGGCCCAAGGAUGUCCCUGUCAUCCCUCUGGAUCAAGACUGGUUUGGGCUAGAACUGCAGCUGAGAUCCAAGGAGACGGGGAAGAUAUUUGUCAGCACUGAGUUCAAGUUCUACAACUGCAGUGCCCACCAACUGUGCCUGUCUUGUGUCAACAGCGCCUUCCGCUGCCAUUGGUGCAAGUACCGCAACCUCUGCACUCAUGACCCCACCACCUGCUCCUUCCAGGAGGGCCGGAUCAAUAUUUCAGAGGACUGUCCCCAGCUGGUGCCCACAGAGGAGAUCUUGAUACCAGUUGGGGAGGUAAAGCCCAUCACCCUGAAGGCGCGAAACCUGCCCCAGCCUCAGUCUGGCCAGCGAGGCUAUGAGUGUGUCCUCAACAUCCAAGGAGCCGUCCACCGAGUGCCCGCCCUGCGCUUCAACAGCUCCAGCGUCCAGUGCCAGAAUAGUUCGUACCAGUACGACGGGAUGGACAUCAGCAACCUGGCCGUGGACUUCGCUGUGGUGUGGAAUGGCAAUUUCAUCAUCGACAACCCUCAGGACCUGAAAGUGCACCUCUACAAGUGCGCCGCCCAGCGAGAGAGCUGCGGCCUGUGCCUGAAGGCCGACCGGAAGUUCGAGUGCGGCUGGUGCAGCGGCGAGCGCAGGUGCACCCUCCACCAGCACUGCACCAGCCCCUCCAGCCCCUGGCUUGACUGGUCCAGCCACAAUGUGAAGUGCUCUAAUCCCCAGAUCACCGAGAUUUUAACCGUGUCUGGACCACCUGAAGGAGGGACUCGAGUGACCAUCCACGGUGUGAACCUGGGUCUGGACUUCUCUGAGAUCGCCCACCACGUGAAGGUGGCUGGGGUGCCAUGCACACCCCUGCCAGGGGAUUACAUCAUCGCUGAGCAGAUUGUCUGUGAGAUGGGCCACGCCCCCAAGGGAACCACCUCUGGACCCGUGAGCCUGUGCAUUGGCGAGUGUGAGCCAGAGUUCAGGACGGACUCUCACCAACAGUAUACCUUCGUGAACCCUUCCGUGAUGUCCCUCAACCCCAUUCGCGGGCCAGAGUCGGGAGGCACCAUGGUGACCAUCACGGGCCAUUACCUCGGGGCUGGGAGUAACGUGGCCGUGUACCUGGGCAACCAGACCUGCGAGUUCUAUGGGCGAUCGAUGAAUGAGAUCGUGUGUGUCUCCCCUCCAUCAUCCAAUGGCUUGGGCCCAGUUCCCGUUUCCGUGAGUGUUGACCGGGCCCGUGUGGAUAACAACCUGCAGUUUGAGUACAUAGAUGACCCCCGGGUGCAGCGCAUCGAGCCAGAGUGGAGCAUUGCCAGUGGCCACACACCCCUGACCAUCACAGGCUUCAACCUGGAUGUCAUUCAGGAGCCAAGGAUCCGAGUCAAGUUUAAUGGCAAAGAAUCUGUCAAUGUGUGUAAAAUUGUGAACACCACCACCCUAACCUGCCUGGCACCCUCUCUGACCACGGACUACCGGCCCGGCCCUGACACCGUGGAACGGCCAGAUGAGUUCGGAUUCGUCUUUAACAAUGUCCAGUCCUUGCUCAUUUACAACGACACCAAGUUCAUCUACUACCCCAACCCAACCUUCGAACUGCUCAGCCCUACUGGAGUCUUGGAUCAGAAGCCAGGAUCGCCCAUCAUUCUGAAGGGCAAAAACCUCUGUCCUCCCACCUCUGGAGGUGCCAAACUCAACUACACGGUGCUGGUUGGAGAGACCCCGUGCACCGUCACUGUGUCCGAGACACAGCUGCUCUGCGAGCCCCCCAACCUCACGGGGCAGCACAAGGUCAUGGUUCACGUGGGCGGGAUGGUGUUCUCUCCUGGCUCGGUGAGUGUCAUCUCAGAUAGCUUGCUGACCCUGCCAGCCAUUGUCAGCAUUGCGGCGGGCGGCAGCCUCCUCCUCAUCAUUGUCAUCAUCGUCCUCAUUGCCUACAAGCGGAAGUCUCGAGAGAACGACCUCACUCUGAAGAGGCUCCAAAUGCAGAUGGACAACCUGGAGUCCCGUGUGGCCCUGGAGUGUAAGGAAGCUUUUGCUGAACUCCAGACAGACAUCAAUGAGCUGACCAGUGACCUGGACCGCUCAGGAAUCCCCUACCUGGACUAUCGCACCUAUGCCAUGCGAGUCCUGUUCCCCGGCAUCGAGGAUCAUCCUGUCCUGCGGGAGCUGGAGGUACAGGGGAAUGGGCAGCAGCACGUGGAGAAGGCCCUGAAGCUCUUCGCCCAGCUCAUCAACAACAAGGUCUUCCUGCUGACCUUCAUCCGCACCUUGGAGCUGCAACGCAGCUUCUCCAUGCGUGACCGUGGCAACGUGGCUUCGCUCAUCAUGACCGGCCUGCAGGGCCGCCUGGAGUAUGCCACCGACGUCCUCAAGCAGCUGCUCUCUGACCUCAUUGAUAAGAACCUGGAGAACAAGAACCACCCUAAACUGCUUCUCCGGAGGACAGAGUCAGUGGCUGAGAAGAUGCUGACCAAUUGGUUUGCCUUCCUCCUGCACAAGUUCCUGAAGGAGUGUGCGGGGGAGCCGCUCUUCAUGCUCUACUGCGCCAUCAAGCAGCAGAUGGAAAAGGGCCCUAUCGACGCCAUCACGGGCGAGGCCCGCUACUCCCUGAGUGAGGACAAGCUUAUCCGCCAGCAGAUCGAGUACAAGACCCUGAUCCUGAACUGCGUCAACCCCGACAAUGAGAACAGUCCGGAGAUCCCAGUGAAAGUGUUAAACUGUGACACCAUCACGCAGGUCAAGGAGAAGAUCCUCGAUGCCAUCUACAAGAACGUGCCCUACUCUCAGCGGCCGAGGGCCGUUGACAUGGACUUGGAGUGGCGUCAAGGCCGGAUCGCCAGGGUUGUGCUGCAAGACGAGGACAUCACCACCAAGAUCGAGGGCGACUGGAAGCGUCUCAACACACUGAUGCAUUAUCAGGUGUCAGACAGAUCAGUGGUCGCUCUGGUCCCCAAACAGACCUCCUCCUACAACAUCCCUGCCUCUGCCAGCAUCUCCCGGACGUCCAUCAGCAGAUAUGACUCCUCCUUCAGGUACACAGGCAGUCCCGACAGCCUGCGCUCUCGGGCCCCUAUGAUCACCCCAGACCUGGAGAGCGGAGUCAAGGUGUGGCAUCUGGUGAAGAACCAUGACCACGGAGACCAGAAGGAGGGUGACCGGGGCAGCAAGAUGGUGUCCGAGAUCUACCUGACCCGGCUACUGGCCACCAAGGGCACCCUACAGAAGUUUGUGGACGACUUAUUUGAGACCUUGUUCAGCACUGUGCACCGGGGCAGCGCUCUCCCCCUGGCCAUCAAAUACAUGUUUGAUUUCCUGGAUGAGCAGGCAGACAGACACAGCAUCCAUGACACAGAUGUGCGGCACACCUGGAAAAGCAACUGCCUCCCUCUGCGCUUCUGGGUGAAUGUGAUCAAGAACCCCCAGUUUGUAUUCGACAUCCACAAAGGCAGCAUCACGGACGCCUGCCUCUCUGUGGUGGCCCAGACCUUCAUGGACUCUUGCUCAACAUCAGAGCACCGGCUGGGCAAGGACUCCCCCUCCAAUAAGCUGCUGUACGCCAAGGACAUUCCCAGCUACAAGAGCUGGGUGGAGAGAUACUAUGCAGACAUCGCCAAGCUCCCCGCCAUCAGUGACCAGGAUAUGAACGCCUACCUCGCUGAGCAGUCCCGCCUGCACGCUGUGGAGUUCAACAUGCUCAGUGCCCUCAACGAGAUCUACUCCUAUGUCAGCAAGUACAGCGAAGAGCUCAUCGGGGCGCUAGAGCAGGACGAGCAGGCCCGGCGCCAGCGGCUGGCGUACAAGGUGGAACAGCUCAUAAAUGCUAUGUCCAUCGAGAGCUGAGAGACGGAGCCCCCGUUCCUGCGAAGAGGGACCCAUGGAAGCUGUCACACCGGGAGUCUCAGAAGGAAGGACAAGUGAAGGGGAUCAGACGCCAGAGCUUGCUGUCCCCUGAGACCCCAUCGCGGGGAGAGGGGAGGGCCCCUCUCCCCAUCCCAGCCACGUUUCCUCACAGGCGGCUCCUGCGGGGAGAGACCAUGGGCGUCAACCCGUCAACGUCCCCAGGGCGAACGAGAGAAGCAGGGGAGAAGCGGGCCGCGGAGGAGGCGGUUCUUCAAGCUGAGAGGCACGAGCUGGGCCGGUUCUGCCUCUGUGACUGCUGCUUUGCAUGAAAACUCAUUUGAUGUAUAUUGGGGAAAUAAUGAGAACUUUAUUUAAUUUUUUUUAAGAAAAAGGAAAACCAGAAAUAAAACGAAACAAAAACUGCCCUGUUAAUCCCGUCCAACUUUUGUUGAAUUCUGGUUUCUACCCCACUUCCUCCUUUGCCCAUCUCCCUCCUUCUGUAUCUAACUCCUGUUUCCAAAUGCCAGAAAAAACCUACAAAGAGAUCCUGGGGAAAAUUGGAGGGAAAACAAUUGUUUCCUUUCCCUUGAAAUUAAAAAUAAUAAUAAAUGAGGAGAAGAAGAAUGAGCACAAGUUUGCACCAAACACUUUGCAGAACUACAGGCCAGUAAGACCUGGAAUUAUCCUGGCAGCCGGAAGAGCAUGGGAACCAUGGAACUCGGCACCAACUGCAAAGCCAUCGAGCAGCCGGCGGGAAGUUGAGCUUUACCGACCACACACCUGUAUAUUCUCAUCUCUUGAGAGGAGAUAUGUGUCUCUAGAGUACCAAUGCUUUUUGCUACUGUUUUUUUUUUCUGUGUGUGUGUGUGUGUGUGUG